AUGCUUUCGUUUCGAUUCGUUCUGGUCUUCUUUGGCCUUGCCUCUGCCUUUCCUACCAUCGACCCAGCAUCUGAGAAACAUUCCGAAAUCAAACGGCAGCUCGGUCUCCCAAUCAAUUCAUUGUCACUACCUGGAUCUCUCAUUCCACCUGUCCCGGGUCUAACAGAGCUCAUCAACAACGUCGCUCCACCGUUACCUAUCCUUCAGAUACCCACGCCACCAUUACCAAAUCCAGGAUAUGUCGGGAGUAACAUCCGGCCGCGCAAAUUUGGCUUUUUCUGGACCUGUGCAGGUGACAACAAGCAUGCAGACUUUCUCGCUUCAUUCAGUCUGGAUGAUGACACGUUCGGGACCCUUUUGCGUGUCGUUGAGGUUCCUUCCUCUGGAAACAAUCCACACCACAGCGGUGUCUCUACCGACGGAAAAGUUCUUUGGGGCGGAGGCCUCCUCAGCCUUUUAAAGACUCAAGACACGGGCUUCUACUUCGAUGUAUCCGAUCCGUACGAGCCGAAGUUCUGGAAGAGUGAUCGAGCUCUGCUUGCCUCGAUCGCCGACGAGAUCGUUGCAAAACCUGAUGGAGGCUUCUUCAUUACGUAUAUGGGAAGCUUGGUCGGGACAUCACCCGGUCGACUUAUCGAGACUGACGCCUCGUAUAAUAUCAUACAUGAAUGGCCGGAAGACCUCGACGGAACCUUGAAUAUUCUCGGGGAGCAGUUCUCGCCUCAUGGUCUCAGCAUCGAUUUCAAUCGUGAUCUGAUGCUGACUUCAGACUUCGUGAUACCUGUGACAGUGCUGAAGCCCUCGCUGACUGGAAUCGUGAAGGCCAAUACCCUUCGACUUUGGAACUUGGCCACUCGCAAGAUCAUCAACACCAUCACUAUCCCGGACGGUGGCGGUAUUCAAGAUGUCAAGUUCAUUCCCGGCAACCCUGAGGCUGCUGCAAUUGCCACAGCCGUGCAUUUAGGUCAAGUCUGGAUCAUUUACCCUUACCGAACAGAUGAGAAGGGAAAGCCGGGUCUUACUCGUAUGCUGUACGACUUUGGCAUGCCUGAUACCACGGCGGUCUAUUCCACACUCUCGAAGGACGGACGAUUCGCAUACUUCACUUUCACCACUGCUAACCACGUCGCGGCUUUGGAUAUUACGAACCUGGACCACCCAAUUCGUCUUGACAACCCUUGGGAGAAACAGCCCCUCAUCGGUCCUCACUACCUCAAGCUAACUCCUGAUGAGCGUGCGCUUGUAGUCACAGACUACUUCGUGCAGACGAACGGACUUGGUAUUAUCGAUACUCCAGCAGACUUCAAAGUCCAGUACAUCGAUAUUCUACCAAAUGGUGGCUUGCACUUCAAUCGUACCAUCGAUUUCCAGAGCAUAUUUCCCCAGUAUGGCGGCGCCAAGCCACAUUCAUCUGUGAUUUUCGACUUAUCAGAUCCAUGGCAUCCGAGGUGGUACUAAAGAAGGAGUCUGGGUAGAUACGAAUGUCAGGAGCACUGCCCGCGCCAUUGGGCAUAGCAUAUUGUCUUUACCAGUACAUAUAAGAUGAUUUCGGCAGAAGUAUAAUGUUUAAUGUUUAAUUAAUACUU